AUGGUGCAGCAGCUGCCAGAACCCGAGCAUCCCCCAACCUUCGAGGCCCAGUCCAAAGCAGGAAUACCACCCAACUAUUACUCACCUGCGUUGUCAUACACGUUGACAACUCCUAAUCACCACCUGGGUGGUGAGAUUUUCACCUUGUCCACUCCAGGUCAUAGAAGUGACCUGGCCAACGUCGCAAAGUUGACGAAUCCCACUCCCAUCACGCCCUCUAACGACCGUCACGAAAUUCACGAACUCACGACCCCUUCCCAGCGCCAGCAGCAGCGGAGGCAAGCGCGAACCAACACCCCAGAUCCAGCUGAGAGACCGUCCACUCCCGCUUCAUCCCAUCGCACUCUUCGUCGUACUCCACGAUUCGAAGCGACCCCGAGUCCCACGCCCCAGUCAACGCGCCAAGUGCACAUUGAAGCCGCUUCGCUUGGUUUCAGUCCCAAACCGCAACUUGCGACUGCAUCUGCCCCCGCACCAGCCCUUGCGCCAGCACCUACGCUCAACUACAACUAUCCCCCACUGGUGGCUCACGAAGACAGACGAAACUCGCGUGCCCGAAGAGUCCUCUCACAGGAUCUGAGUGAGGACUUGAACGAAGAGUCCUCAGACGAAGCCCCGUCAUACCGAGAUAGAUCAUCCUCCUCUCCCACUAAAAGACGUGAGUCUCACCGCCCUCACCGCGUCUCCAGAAACACCCGCAGCGCCAUCCUCUUCGCCCUUGAGGAAGCACUCCGACAGCCCCACCCGUUCACGCCCGACGAGAUCGAGGAAGGCGCAUCCAUGGCUGACCUUAUCGGAGGCGGCACCGCCGCGUCCAAUGGCAAUGCGUCCACGUCGACUCGCCAGCGUCCGACUGGCGCACCCAAUCCAACCAGUUCGCCGUCCGGCAUUCGUGGUCCUAGAAUGAUCAUGCAGGAGCGAGCUGCCAGAGAGGCCGCCCGACAGAGAGCUGAGCAGGAGCAGAUGCAGGUGGAGAGACAACGAGCUGAACAGGAAGCUCGUUUAUUGGAGGAGACCCAAAGACGGAAUGCGGAGCGCCGAGCUGCCGCCACCGCCGCCGCCGCUACUGGCGCUGCCAACGUACCUCAACAGGACCCCCCCACCUCUCAACGGCGCACCGGAGCCACCGAUACCCCACAAUCCCGGCCUGUUGCGGGAGGGAGCUCCCGCCAGCCCACCACAUCACAGACCCAGACUCGACCAGCCCGCGCGUCAUCGACUUCGCAGGCCGCCCAGCAACAGUAUAGCACCGCCCCCCAGGCCAGCACAACUCAGCAGCCUUCGACUUCCAUCACCCAGGGAGGCCAGGAGUCAAGCAUCACUGCUGGUUCCCGACCCAGGAAUUCAUUCCCCCAUGCAUUCGAACGCUGGGAGACCUUGUCUGCCCACUGGGAGGGCCUCACUAGCUUUUGGAUCAGACGUCUUGAGCAGAACAACCAGGAUAUUGACCGCGACCCUGUUAACCAGGCCCUCUCUCGCCAGGUAACUGAUCUUACCGCUGCCGGUGCCAACCUUUUCCACGCAGUUGUUGAGCUCCAACGCCUUCGCGCUAGUUCGGAGCGCAAAUUCCAGCGCUGGUUCUUCGAGACCAGAGCCGAACUAGAGCGAUCUCAGGAAGUCAAUGCCAUGCUGGAGCGAGCCCUUGAAGAGGAAAGACGUGCUAGAGAAAACGCUGUCCAGGCCGCUAUCCAGAAGGAACGCCAAACUUCUGCUAACGAUGAACGCGUCAAGGAGAUGAGGAAGGAGCUUCAGAUCUCCAAGGAGGAGGCACGCCGCGCCUGGGAGGAACUCGGACGCCGUGAGCACGAAGAACGUGAGCGAACCCAGUCGCUGCAGAGCGGCCAGCCCACUAUUGUCGGCGGCGUCCAGGUCGUCCCCAUGACGCAAGGCGUUCCGAGCCGUCACGGCAGCUCUCGCGAGCAGCGCGGUUACCAGUCCGACUACACCGGCCAGCAGGCCGGCUACACGGGCGACUACCCCCAGGCGCCUGCUAACCCGCCCGCCAGUUCGAGCCCUGGCAACUUUUACCAGUCUGGCGGGGCAGGGCAGGAAGGUGUGACCUACACAGGUGCUGGCUCUGAAGGCGGUUACAGUGAAGGUGAGUACGCUAUUGAUGGACAGGGCCAGUUUAUUCGCGAUUCCCAUGGAAACAAGGUUCCCUUCAUUGCACCGCCUUCCCCAGUUUCUGACGAAGGUCUAGAAGAGUAUGAGACUCCCGCGACCAACCCUCCUAGCGCCGGCUACUUACAAACCCCGACCACCUCGGCCGGCGGCCAGCAAUCUCAAGUGAAUCAAGACUACUCUGGCGCGGGUUACGCCGCUCCGGGCUGGGAGACCGUUCCCAGACAUCAUCACCCGACGCGCCUUAGUGAUGUUAUGGAAGAGGAUGAUGAGCGUAGCCGUGCCAGCAACAGUCAGGUUGGACGGCAUUAG